AGUGGCAUGAAAUAAAUAAUUUAUGUACUGAUGUAAUUUUCCGUGGUCAAUAGAAUCCAAAUUUCUGUUUCUGUUUUUCAUCGCCAUUAAACAUCGAUUAGGUAUUUAUCGAUAUUUGGGUGCCUGCAUAUUGUUGUCUAAAAAAAAAUAUAUAUAUUAAUAAACCCGAAUUCCAAAAAUGAACAAAGACAACUCGAGCAUGCAAAUGGACCCAAAACUGGCUCUGCGCCUGCUCGCCGACGGUGCAGUCUUGGCCGUCGCCGGAGUUCCUGAGGGCACCGAUUUCGGCAUCGACUUGUGCGCCUACACCAUCGGUCCGGACUUCCGUGGCGUCAAGAUGAUUCCGCCCGGCGUCCACUAUGUGUGGUGUGCCUCUCGUGGUCCCUACGGGGAUGCAGCUCCUCGGGUCGGCUUUGUCCACUUCUUUCAUGCCAACGAGAUCGUAGUGCGCGAAUGGGAUAACGAACUGGAGGAGCUGCGGCCCCGCAGGAUUGCCGCACCAGAGCUGGAGCGCGAGCGGAUUCGCAAAAAUCUAGCGCAGCUGGAACGUGUGCUAGCGCCCUACGACUACCGCUAUGUGGCUCAGUGGAAGGAUCUAACGGGCAGCGUAACAGAGUCUUGCGUAGAGCGAUGUCGUCCAGCCGAGGGCACCAUUCGCACCAACAUCGAACUGCAGUCAUGUCCAGAUGCAGAGCGUCCGCGGGGCGGAUCGAGUGCGAGCUGCACUGGAAGACGGAACACGGCCGCUCGAUUCUUGUUGGAUGAGAGCGAGCUCCUUCCGGACCUGAAGCCAGUAGAGGGUACAGCUCCCCGCUUUAGCAAAGUGCCGUCGCGUGUUCCACAGAAUGCAUUACCUGCCGACGUAUCCCGCCACGCCAUGGAUUGUAUAGCUGCUGUAGAUGAGAUGCUCGGCAGCUUCGACUCCGAUGACGGUCUUAUAGAGGAACUGCAACUGGCAUAUGCCUUCUUUCUGGUGGGCUACUCUGUGGAGUCGCUCGCCCAUUGGCGAAAGCUUCUCGGUUUGCUUUCGCACUCUGAAACGGCGGUAAACAGACACAAGCUCACGUAUAUGAAGUACAGUGAGGUUUUGGCUCAUCAGCUGCCCCACCUGCCCGAGGAGCUGAUGGUGCCUGGUCCUCACAAUAGUGUUUACAAGGAUGUUCGAGAGUUGCUGGUGAAUCUGCAUUCGGGCGGCCUAAGCGUUAGCGCUGAACGACUAACCAAGCGACUGGAGCAGAAGCUGGGUUGGUAUAUUGAAGGUCUGCUGGACGAGAAUCCCGAGGAUCAGCCCGUAAUCAUCGAGCUGGAGACGGAGAGCUAGGAAGUCUACGCUGAGCCGAAUGUUAACUUUUAAUUAUUUUAUAUU